GCUCUAAUCGUCAGUGUCAGCUCACAAUCUAAAACAUCUAAACAUCGCCCGGUGCCAUCCGAUCCGAUACGAUACCCAAAUUGCCGGUCUUGCUUUUCGGUCAGUGACAAAAACGUGAAGUAGUUCAAGUGCACACAAUGAAUACCCUGCUCGCUCUGGUGGUUCUGAUGGUGGCGUCCGUGUACGCGGCACCGCUCGAAAGUGAUGCACAGGCAUCGAUCGUCAGCCAGUCGUCCGAUGUGCAGCCGGACGGAUCGUUCAACUAUGCGUUCGAGUCGUCAAAUGGAAUCAAGGUGGAGGAUCAGGGCGCGAUCAAGUCGAUCAGGGUACCGAAGCUGGACGACACUGGCCGACAGGUCGGCGAGGAGGAUGUGCAAGUGGCCGUGCAAACUGGCUCCUACCAGUACACCGGCCCGGACGGUCAGAUCUACACAGUGAGAUACAUCGCCGAUGAGAAUGGAUUCCAGCCACAGGCCGACCAUCUUCCGGUUGCUCCCAGUGUCUAAGCAUUGGACGCGUUCGUACACGAGUCCUCAGCUAAGUGGGGAUUAAAAUACUCAACACAACACAGCAUGUACAUACGACUACUAUCCUUCUUACCGGUACCUACUGCACGAUAUGUGGUGUAAUAAUAAAGCAAUUCAAAAACACAUA